UAAUGUAAGUUGUUUUCAUUAAAUAAAUUUCUCUUUUUUCUUAAUAAUAUUUUGUUUAUUUAGGAGUAGAAUAGUUAGCAACAAAAAACAACUAGAAAGGCUUGUUGAAUUGAUGGAGGAAAAUCCUGAGCUUGCAAAAGGCAUUUGUGCUAAGCCAGUUCUAACAAAAAAAUGGGAAGACAUCGCUCUGGAACUUUAUAGCUUGGGGCCUCCAGAACGGGACUCAGCUAAGUGGCAAAGAGUAUGGGCUGAUUUAAAAUGUAAAAUUAAAAAAAAAAUUUCGCAAAAUAAAAUUGAACUCAAUGCGACCGGUGGAGGGUCCAAUAAAUUGCAUCGAUUGACUGACACCGAAGAAGCAGUUAGUCGCCUUAUGCAUUUUCCUGCCUGCGUUGAUCCACCAGGUGUUGAAUUUGGAUUGAAUUCAACAAGUUUUCUUAUUAAAGAAGAUGAAGGAGUCGGAGAAAUUUCUGCAAUUUCCAAAGAAGUAGUCACGGCCGUGCAGAAAAAAUGA